AUGGAAGACACCAUCACCACUUUCCAUCCUAAACAUUUCAUUGAAGAAUACUCUGCUCUACAUGGACCGUAUCCCAACAAUUCUUAUGAAAAGACAUGCAUUAUUUGUGAAAAAUGGAUCUCUUCUCGGUCCAAUUAUUUUUAUUGUCGUGUAUGUAAUAUCUUUUUUCACAAAGAAUGUCCGUCAGUUUUGAUGGAGUCGAAUCUGACAAUAGAUCGUCCAAGGUCACAUGAACAUAAGCUCACCUUCAUCCGCAAGAAAAAUUGUUUCAACUGCGAUGCUUGUGGAAAGGUAGGCUACAACGAGAUGAAUAUGUACACAUGUUUGCCCUGCAAUUUCUUUAUUCACAGAAGAUGUAUAUAUUUACCAAAGGUAAUAAAGCUCACUCGGCACUCACACCGCUUGUUACAUACUUUUCAAGUUCCUGAUUGUACCACGACAUGUCGACUUUGUAAUGAACCGUUUGUCUAUGGAUGUGGAGGAUAUAUUUGUAUCGACAAGACGUGUGAUUAUAAACUCCAUUCAUAUUGUGCAACGGGCGAAGGGAUGUGGGAUGGAAAAGAUGUAGAGGGAGAACCUGAAGAAAUUAAUUACUCUGAAGAUGUUACAUUUUCAUCAUUACAAGAGAUAGAUGGAAAAACAAUUCGCCAUUUUAGUCAUCACCAUGAUUUAGUGAGCCUCUGUAUCAAUGGUGAAGAAGAAGAAGACGAACGAGUAUGUCAAGCUUGCAUCCUUCCCAUUGACUUCGGUAGUUUCUUGGGUUGUAAAGAAUGUGAUUUUGCACUCCAUGACACUUGUGCAAAUCUUCCUCGGAAGAUGGAACACCCGUUCCAUCACCAUCGACUAACUCUAGAGGUGAACAUGAUGAACAUAAAAGAAGGGUUCUUCAGGUGUUCUAAAUGUAAACAAGAAUCAUGUGGUUUCAUGUAUCGAUGCUGCCAAGAGGAAUGUGAGUUCAAAAUGGACGCAAAAUGUGCUUCUCUUACUGAUCCAUUACACACUGGAGCCCACAAACACCCUCUCACUCUAUUAGACAGCACAGCACGUUGUUACCAAUGCCCUUUUCAUUUCGAACUAGAACCAAAACGCAUAACUCUGCCGGUGUUACUAAAAUACAAGUGUGACACUCAUCCACUUACCUUAUGUUUUGCUGAAUCAAUCCCAUGGUCAUAUCCGUCGGUGCGUGCUUGUGAAAUAUGUGAAGUAAUAAUAAGCAUUGACUACCGAGAUUACCGAGAUGUCUACGGCUGCACCGACUGCUGCACCACUCUACACGCUGAAUGUGCAAUAGGGAAAUACCCAUAUCUGAAACCUGGCCAUGCGAUCAAAGUGAAUGGUUUUGAGAUUGAGAUUGCACGCAACCGUCUUUCUCGACCUAUAUGCCAUGCAUGUCACUCUAUGUGCCAAGAUAAACUAGUUUUCAAGAAUAAGAGAAGUGCAGUCUCUUUCUGUUCUAUCAACUGUAUAACCUCUUCAUAGAAACCCCGCAUGUAAUCUAAAUUUACUCAAUUGUUGAUCAAGUCUGUAUGACAAAUAAAAU